ACUCAAAAACCCAGAGAGAAAAAGAGUCUUGAAAGCCCAAACCAAAACACAACCGUUUUCGAACUCACUCUGCGUCUACAGCUUUUCAUGCAUGGCGAUUGGUGAAUGGGGGUUCAAUUGAGAAUUAGGGUUCGAAAUCGACCUCGAUCAAUGCUCUUUCCACGGCAAGAAGAUGUAAUCUAACGGAGAUUUUGGUGUCUUUUUUAAAACAAUUUUUUCUAAAACCGUUCGGCUCUGCGUAGGUUUAAUUAGUUUCUAGGGUUUUUCUUUUUGGGGCUGAAAUGUUGAAGGACCAGUUGGAUCGAACCAAGGUGGUGCUACGGCACUUGCCGCCUUCGAUUUCGCAAACUUCACUGGUGGAACAAAUCGACGUUUUCUUUUCCGGCCGCUACAACUGGGUCACUUUCCGUCCCGGGAAGAGAAGCCAAAAGAAUCCGUCAUAUUCUAGAGCCUACGUUGAUUUGAAGAGGCCAGAGGAUGUUAUCGAGUUUGCUGAAUUCUUUGAUGGUCAUCUGUUUGUUAAUGAGAAGGGCAGUCAAUUUAAAGUUAUUGUUGAGUAUGCUCCUUCACAACGCGUUCCAAAACAGUGGUCUAAGAAGGAUGGUCGUGAAGGAACCAUAUUCAGAGAUCCCGAGUAUCUGGAGUUUCUUGAAUUUCUUGCAAAGCCUGCUGAGAAUCUUCCUAGUGCGGAGAUACAAUUGGAGAGAAGAGAAGCAGAGCGCUCUGGUGCUGGAAAGGAUGCUCCCAUAGUUACACCAUUAAUGGAUUUUGUUCGUCAGAAAAGGGCUUCCAAGGCUGGAUCUCGGAGGUCACUGACUAAUGGUAAAACGAGCAGAAGAGCUAGUGGACCAUCAUCUAGAAGUCCAAGUUUAGCGACGAGCAAACGAGGUUCUGAGAGGAAAAGAAAUUCUGCCACAAUGUAUGUUUUGAGGGAUGCUAGAAAGAACACCAGUGCCAAAGACAAGUCAACUUACAUUCUGGUACCCAAGCGUGAUGAUCAGCAACCUUCUGAAAAGUCUGUCACUUUGGCAUCUGCAGCUGGAACUCGCAUUUUGGAAGAGGAGAGUGGAGUUUCUGGUGCUGAUGCUGUGAAAAAGAAAAUCCUGCUUCUGAAAGGGAAAGAGAGGGAGAUAUCUCAUGUUCCGGCGAACAUGAUACAGCAGCAGAGUUCAUCUGCUAAAAACAUGGGUGGUACAAUUGCACUGAAACAAAACCUGCGCCGUCAAGAAAAUGGGAGGAUUAUAAGAGGAAUACUUCUAAACAAGGAUGCACGUCAAAGUCAGUCUUCUGGGAUUUACUCUGCGCAACAAAGCCAGACUUCAAAUUCAGAUAGGGACAAACGACCUCCUCGGUCCCAACACGUGCAAUUGAUUUUAAAGGAUACAAAUGGCACUCCAGAUUAUAAUAUUGUUGGGAAUGACUUGCAUGGUAUUUGUAGUGAGAAGCAGGAGAAACGGAUAAGGAAUAAGGAGAGACCUGAUCGUGUUGUAUGGACUCCUCUAAAUCGUUUAGAUGGAUCAUCUGCAAGUGAUGAGUCUUUGUCAUCUGCUUUUCAACCUGCUCACUCACAGCUAGAUUCUUCAGAAGGCUCCCAUAAACAUCAUGGUCGCCGAGGAACAACACAUGGUGUUAAGGAUCUUGAUGGCUCACCGGUUGCAGGUGAAGGAAAACAUUCAAAAAGAGGCUAUGGCUCCCAUGAGAAACAAGUGUGGGUUCAGAAGUCAAGUUCUGGUUCUUAAGGAUUUUUUUUUCUUGCAUUGUGUGAUGUUUGGCUACUUGAACCUUCGUAGCAUGCAUGUUGCAUUGGCCUGAGGCUGUCUGUUUUUCUGGACGGAUUACCAGGUGUAAACGAAGUUUCAGCAUCCUUUUGGAAAACCAUACCGAAUGAAGGAGAUGUGGGUAUAUAAAUAUAUUAUGGGUUUGAAGAAAGCGCAUGUUUGUUGUUGACAGCAUGGAAAUAGGAGGGAAAAGGAAAAACAGAAAAAGACAUCAGCAUCAUUAACGUAUAUAACAACACAGUUUUUAUCACGGUGCCCACACCAACGGGUUCCUCUCAGAAGAGUUAUGGAUAGUCAUUCUUGUCCUUGACUGGUUAUCAGGAUAUUUAGGUUUUAUAGGUGGAUGAUGUCGUCCAUUAGUUAAACUGUAAAUAUAAAAACGGAGCACUAUAUACGGCUUUAAAGUUUGUUUAUUUCUACAACGAGUUAGCAUUGUUUAAAGGCCCUGGUAUCUUCUCCAGUACUCUGAAGGGGUUUUGUUUUGAAUAGAAGACAACUUCAGCCCUUUUGCAACUGAUGGCCGGUGGUUGACUAUAAUUGGAGUUGAUAUAGACUGAUUGGUUGGGUCUAUGUUUUGGCAGUGUUUCACCUUGUUUUAACGGAGACAUUGCUUUGCUGUUAUAUGAAUGAGAUUGUAUAAAGAUUGUCUAGUGCUUUAAUUGCAGAACAUAGUUUGUGUUGCC